CUCCCCCCCUGUCCUCCGCACACCUGAUCAGAGGUGGAGUGCGGAGUUGGGCGCCACGUGCCACGCGCCACGCGGUUAGUACUGGCUUGGAUAGUAGUGGUGCGCGAGCUACUCAGCCACGGGUCCUGUCCGCCACACAGGCUUAUCGCGCGCCAAAACCGAGACAACACGAACCGACUGAACAGGGAGAAACAAGAGGGAAAAGAAUAAAGGAAGAGGGAGAGCAGUGCUUUCAUCAGCGAGUCUUCUUCGUGAAGCUCCCCUUUCUGCCGGCGGCGCCCCCCCUGCUGUUGAGGCUGUGGUAUGAGCCUAUGUGGCAGAAAGGCGCUGACUUUGCUGAGCAGCGUGUUCGCUGUUUGCGCCCUGGGCCUGUUGGGGAUCGCUGUAAGCACAGACUACUGGCUCUACCUGGAGGAAGGCGUCAUCCUUCCCCUCAACCAGACCAACGAGAUACGCAUGUCCCUUCACUCUGGCCUCUGGAGGGUUUGCUUCUUGGCUGGGGAGGAGAAAGGCCGGUGUUUUACGAUAGAGUAUGUGAUGCCCACUAACGUCCAGAUGACCUCUGAGUCCACUGUUAGUGUCCUGAAGAUGAUCCGUUCUGCCACACCCUUUCCUCUGGUCAGCCUCUUCUUCAUGUUCAUUGGUUUUGUUUUGAGUAACAUCGGCCACAUCCGCCCACAUCGCACCAUCCUGGCCUUCGUUUCUGGAAUCUUCUUCAUCCUGUCAGGUCUCUCUCUGGUAGUUGGUCUGGUAUUGUACAUCUCCAACAUCAAUGAUGAAAUGUUGAACAGAACCAAAACUAACGAGGCCUACUUCAGCUACAAUUAUGGCUGGUCAUUUGCUUUUGCUGCCAUCUCCUUCCUGCUCACUGAGACGGCAGGUGUCAUGUCAGUGUACCUGUUCAUGAAGCGUUACACAGCAGAGGAAAUGUAUCGGCCCCAUCAGGGCUUCUACCGGCCUCGCCUCAGCAACUGCUCAGAUUACUCCUGCCAGUUCCUCCAUCCAGACGCCUUGGCCGGGCGUGGUCGCAGUGCUUCCGCCAUCUCCUCUGAGGCCUCCGUCCAGAUGAACUCUCACAACUACCCUGCUCUCCUCAAGUGUCCUGAGUAUGAACAAAUGUCCUCCUCACCUUGCUGAGGCAGAGGAUGAGUUGUUGUGUUAGCACAGUAGGGGUCAUUUUUAUCUAUCUGGAUUUUGGAGUAAAAUUGACAGAUAAUUUGAUAUUAUCCAGCUUGAAUCGCUUCCCUCUUCAAGUGUCCUGACUAUGACCUGAUUCUACCCUCCCUACUGACAAUUUCUUAUUUACACUUUUUGCUUCUAUGGGGAGCAAAACUUAAGUUGAAGGCUAGCCAGUUCACUGUAUUCUGAGCUAACCUGUCAUGUUUCAGGUAGAGAUGUUAGAGGAUGAGAGAGGAAAGAGUUGGACCAGGUUGUAGUUUUAGUGAUAGGUGACUAGCAACCAGCUCAACUGAGAAAGGUAGGGUGAAGUUAUCUGAAAGGAGUAACUUGAGUAGCCUCAACUUGCAGUGAGCAAUUCAACUAUUUGCUUGUAGUAGCCUACAGCCACAAUCCAGAUCACUUUUUGACAGGAUAACAUGCUGCACAUCUGAAGACAUGGAGUGUUUAGAACUGGAUAGGCAACUACUGUAUGUGCAAAGGAUGCAGAGUCUGCAGGUAUAAUGAAUGUGAAUUUCAACCAUUCAAAUAUCAUUUUAUUUAACAUGCCGUUUGAUACACAAACUAUUUGACUAGGGUUACAGGCUAGGAUAGUUGGGUUUAUGAUGGAUGGUAUUUGACGUUCCAUAUGAACUUCACCUCUUACGCCACCCUCUGAGUAUUUCUUUAUCAAGUGUGUCAAUUUGCAGACAACAUUGGUUUUCAGUUAACAGCCAGAAGUACUUAUAUUCCCCCUUUAGGUGCUUUGUAUAGGAGCCAUUAAUUGUUAUGCAGCCACAUGUGUUUUCCUAAACGUUUUAAGCUGUAACUGAAGGGUGGAAUGCUUUGCUUUUUUUGUAUUUACAUAUAUUAUAUGUGGUUAGAUUACACUAUGUGAAAUUCUUCAUUCGGAAGCUUGUUUUUUUGGUCCCUUUCAGCAGUUUAAGUAUUGACACCAAAGGAAAGGUUAGUAUUACAUGCUGCUAGUAUGAGAAAUAUUGUUUUUAAAGGCCUACGUCUGAAUAUAUUAAUGGUUAUAUAAACUUUGAGUGUAUUGUUGUAUAUUCUUGUAAAGUAAAGGAAACAGCCCAAACAAAAAAUGCUUUAUUUGCUCUCAUAACCAGUUAUUAAUAAAAAUACAGGACUGCUUUACAUCAUUUCAAACAAUACAUAUGUACAUAAACCUUAUAUGGUAUCUGAGAACCUAUGAUUCCUGCAUACGGUGGUCUAAAAGUGUAUUUAAACAGCAUUUAAAAAGAAAACAAGCAGUACAGGGGCAACGCUGUUUGAUUGUGUUGAUCAGAUUAGACAACAUCUGUUAAACAUUUAAAGAAGAAGAGAAAGCCAAUGGGGAGAAGAUGGAGUUUGUGUGCUCAUAUGUUUUGAUGGAGAAUGUGAAUGUGGUGGUAUUAAAGACUAUUUUGAUAUGGAGCCAUUGUGAAUAGAAGAUAUGCUGAAGGAAACACUGAUGAAUUAUUUUUUUGUUGUUGCAUAUAGUAAAAUCCCUCUCAUACAGAAAUAUAUUAAGCCAAAUUAUAGAUGCAUAUUUUUUCAAUUUACCCCCUUAUAAUGACAUACAUCUUGUUAUCCAUAGUGUGCCAAGGAAGAAGUUGUAUCCAGGUUAAGUGGCUUAAGGUUAAGUAUUGAAUAUAUACAUGUCAUGCCGUGUGAGUAAACAUAUUACAGAGAAGCAUAUUGUCUUGUGCAAUAUUUUUGUUAGUUUAAUAUAUUACUACACUUAUAAUUAUUGUCAUUAUUUAAUGUUGCAUGGUGUGAACUACACAUAUUAUUAAUGGCAUGCAACAUUUCAUCACUGGAUCAUGGUAUUGCACCUGCAGCACAUGCAAACAAAACAAACAGACAUAAAACUAAUAAACACAAACUGUGCCAAGCUUUGCUCACUCUGUGUCGAUAUAUAGACCAGUUUCAUUUAGUUUAAUUUGAACACUGUAAAUAUGAAAUCAUCAGUGUGUAUAUAGGUUAAUUUUGUAUAUACUGAAAUACGUGUAAAAGAUAUGGUUAAUUUGAGUAGUAGAUUCAUCUGCAGUAUAUGCAUCACAUUGAGAAUGUGAGCUUUUGCAUAAUGGUAUAUAACAUAAAUGUAUUCAGAUGGUGUCACUGUCAGACAUGAACUGUCAAUAUCUGUGUAUUUUUACAAUCAGAGUCAUUUUCAUGUUAAAUGUGCAAUGGAAUAUGUAUACUCAAUGAAAUAAAGUUGAAUGGGAUUUGAGAAACAA